UAGAGGCUUUCCGUUGUUCAUCUUUUGAAGACGUGUCUGCAGGGAACAUUGGCAUCUUUCACGCAUGGUUUGCAGGGAUAAACGAAAAGAAUGCCAACCUUGUCGCCGAUGAUCAUUUGAAUGGGUCCAAUGUUCCUUCGUGGCAUGUUAUGUUUGUUUCAAGGAGUUUGGAUCAAAAUCUCUUCCUUUCCAUGAACCUAAAUGUUUAGAGAGGUGGCGAACCUCCAAUAAGAAGCUUCCGGCAGAAAAGCGAACCCCUACUCCAGUGAAACCGGUCGGUUGGAAAUACAGCCAGCACAGCAUUUGGGUGUGUUCCCAUUGUCAAGUCAGCGUACCUGCAGCCAAGCGAGGGAUACACGCCGCAGUUUGUUUUGCAAAGCUACCAAAAUCAAAGUCUCUUUCGAAUAAGAAAGGUCCAAGCCAAAACAGCUCGAUGACUGGUGUUGUAAAAAGUGACUUUUCCCCUAAAAAGGGGAAAGAAAACAAAAACAUUUCUAAUCGAAUACCUACGCCAACAGUUAGCAAGAAGAAUGCCAAAAAUGAAGCCAAAUCUGUAAAAAAUGAGAUCGUAGCAGAAGGAUCUUCUCAAAAGCAUGGUACCAAAAGCAAAUUGCUUCCUGAAAGUCCAAAAACUAAAGUCAAAGAUAAGGUAUCCGAAGAGAUCCCUAAGAGUGAAGAAGAUGCCAUAAGCUCGACAAGUAAGCGUUCAGUACGUCCACAAACUAAAAUUCUGAGGAGACCAACUCCCAAUCUCAAACAUCCAGUGAUACAAGUAGAUUCUGAUGACAGUAGUGGUGACAGUAGCAGUUCAGACAAGAGUAAAGACGAUAAUCCUAAGCGACUCAAAAUGGGCAGCGAGAAUCCGGAUUCAGCGCACAAACCUAAGAAUUUUGUAAUGUACAAUAAAUACAAUGUAGAAAAAAACACUAAGAAUUGUUCCAAAGAAAAGCCUUCUGAAAGAUCCUCAGCAAAUGCAAUUUCGUCAAUACCGAAUCCGUGUAAUAGUUGCAACAGAAGUCAAGCUCCAGAGAGGCUUCAUAGUCACGCGAAGAAAGAUUCUAGAGGACUCAUGUUCAGGAGAUCUCCAACAGUGGAUGUCAAAAUGGUAUCACCUCAGAAAAAAAUUCUAGAUACUAUAGAGAAAGAUAAAACGCGGAAGAAAGAACCAGAAAAUGUUCAUAUAGAAGAAGGUGAUAAAAAUGAAAGACGAGGUCAUUCUAUUAAAUCUCGUGAUAUAGAAACAAAGACUGAAUUAAGUGACGUAGUUUCUCCUAAGAACUUUCUAGUCAUCCAGCCUUCAACUCUGAUAAAAUCCUCUCCGGAACUGCUUAAACCUUGUUAUAUCUGCCAUGAGGAAUUCAAGGUUUCAUCUCUGCUUCUGCACGAAAGUAAAUGCUUGGAGCUGGAGAGGAUGUGGCGGGCCAGUCUUUCAGCAACCCAUGACCAAAUGCUUCCAAUGGGUGACAGAUCUGGAGACCAUGCAGGUCAGGGCAGCAAUCCAAUACCCUGUGCAUCGAGAAAGGUCACAACACGACAUGCAACAUGUGGUCUUGCAUUAUCAUGUUGGAACAUGGCUUUUGGGGGCCUCGAAGAUAGGGCACAACUCCUGGAC